AUGCGCUUCUCAACCGCCAUUCUCUUCGCUGGCAACGCCCUUGCCGCUGUCCAGCAAGAGUGUCUCGCCAACCACCACGAGGACCUCGCUGCCUUUGCUGACUGUGCCAACAAGGGCGCUCUCUCGUACUGCCUCGCCAACCUCAAGGAGACCGACGAGGCCGCCCUCAAGACCUGCUACACCUCUGCCGGCUGCUCCUCCGACGCCGCCGCCAAGGAGGCUCACUACACCUUCGAGCGAUGCUCCGAGAUCGCCAAAGCGGGCGAACUCAAGAAGCGCUACGAGGCCGCUCCCAUGCCAGCCAUCAUCCCCCGCGUCGAAGCCGCCGCUGCCAUUACCGACGGCCCCAAGGCCACUGGUGAGCUCAAGAAGCGUGCCGAUACCUCGAGAGGAACCGACUGCUACACCACCUUCAAGAAGAGUACCGAGCAGUGCGAUCUCGAGACCGUCUCGGAUAAGACCAAGACCGCCACUUGCUACAGCACUGAGAUCAGCACCAGCUCGUGCCGCGACGAGGUCAUCUGCACAACCGAUUCUUCCGCCGAUGAUAUUUGCAUGACCAAGAAGGAGAUGGACACCGCCGGUAUCAUCAUUGCCAUCGUCUUCGCUGCGUCAGCCGCUCUUAUGCUCGGCUACCUCACCUUCAUGUGCUGCCGCGACCGCAAGGAGCAGAAGCGUCUCGUCGCGAAGUCUGAGGCCGUCGCCUUGGCCCGUGCCGCCACAAAGAAGCAGCGCGCUGCUCAGCGCCAGCCCCUCAUCCGUAACGCCUCGGGCCAAUCCGCCCCCGGCGCCGGCAACCCCUUCCAGGACCGAAUCUAG